AUGCAACAAAUUCAACAACAAAACCAGAUGAUGAUGCAAAUGAUGCAAGGUAUGCAAGGGAAUCAACAACAACAACCAGCUGCUCCCGUUCAUCCAGUUCCUAAUGGGCCAGAUUUUCGUGCUUUCUUUCGGAUGACUCCUCCAGAGUUUGCAGGUAGCCUGGAUCAUAUUGUAGCCCAUGAUUGGUUGUAUAUCAUGGAGAGGAUAUUCCAGGCUAUUCACUGCACUGUGGAGGAAAAGGUUAUUUUUGCUGCUCAGAAACUCAAGGGUCCUGCAGGUAGGUGGUGGGAUACUGCCUCCACUCGCUUCACUUCUCAAGGGAUUCCUAAGGAUUGGGAACAUUUCAAGACCGCUUUCUUAGAGAAGUACUUCCCUAACAGCAUCCGUGCCCAGAAAGAAAGAGAGUUCCAGUUAUUCAAGCAAGGAAAUCUCACUGUUUCUGAAUAUGCUGAAAAAUUUGAGGACAGGGCUGCUUAUUCCAGACAAGCUGUUUAUGCACCAGAUGAGUUAUGGAAGAUUGAUCAGUUUUUGUUUGGCCUUAAUGCUGAUAUUGCCCACAGUGUGUCUCAGAGGGAGUUCACUACUUAUGCUGAGUGUCUCCGACAAUGUUAUGUUGCUGAAAACAGUCUGAAGAGGGUUAAGGAAGAAAGGGAGCAAAACCGACCUUUUCGCCAAAACCAAGGGAAAGUGAGCCAAUUCUUGAAGCCUCGUAACUCUCCUCCAGCAAUGAAACCCGCUUAUGUCAACCGUUCAACUCAGCCUCCUUGGUGUAACAAAUGUAGGAGCAAACACCAUGGAAACUGUAGAAGCGGUCCAGUGAAGUGUUACAAGUGUGGACAGGAAGGUCAUCUCCGGCCUAACUGCCCUAGGCCAGACAUUCCUAAGAAGACCACAGGGCGAGUGUAUACCUUGGAUGCUCGAAAGGCUCAAGGAAACACAAGUCUUGUUGCUGGUACGUGUUUUAUAAAUAACCAACCUUGUUUUGUUCUUGUAGAUUGUGGAGCAACGCAUUCUUUUAUUUCUAAUUCUUGUGUGCGCCGACUCGGAUUUGAAGCUACUAGUCUUUCUGUUCCUAUGUUGAUUUCAUCUGCCACGGAUGAUGUGGUCGAAGCCUUGGAGAUUUGUAGAGAUUGUUCAGUCUCUUUCAACGACCGAAGGUUCUCUAUUGAUCUUAUUUGCUUGCCUCUAAAGAAGAUUGAUGUAGUACUGGGCAUGGAUUGGUUGUCGGCCAACUCAGUAUACAUUGGUUGCAAGGAGAAGGCUAUCUUUAUUCCUGCAGAAGAGACUGCUCCUAUUGAUGCGAUUGGGAAUCUAAUCGAAGGUACAAUUAACCUGAUUAGUUAUCUCUAUGUUCAGGAGAGAUCUUUUCUUUUAGCUCUCACCGCAGAAUCUGAAACCAAGAAAGAUAUAUCAAAUAUUCCUAUCGUUUGUGAGUUUCCAGAUGUGUUUCCGGAGGAUGUCACUUUUCUUCCUCCAGAAAGGGAAGUGGAAUUCUCUAUUGAUCUUGUUCCUGGAACAGCUCCAGUUUCUAUUGCUCCAUAUUGA